CUACUAUCUGCAUUUUAUAUGGUGAGAAACACUGGCUCCAGCGGUGCAUCGUCUGCUCAAUGACACUAGAGCUCCAGGACCACCCCAGACCCAGAGCAGCGGGAAUAAGAGCUGCUGCUGGUGCUGGGAGGCAGCAGAGCCACUGCUCCGCUCAAGAGUCCCUGCGACUUCCACAGCGCCACCGCCUGACGCCAACGCUGCCGCCGCUGCCACCGCCUGGGCUCCAAGCCACCUGCUGCCAGAGAAGCAUCAUGGGCAUCUGGAAGUUCUCUCCUUUCCUGGUUCUCAGCAUCCUGGCCCUGUACCAGGUGGGCAUCCUCCAGGCGGCACCAUUCAGGUCUGCCUCAGAGAACUCACUGGAACCCCCUAUACUCACUGAGAACGAAGUAUGCCUCCUACUGACUGCAGUGCUGAAUGACUAUGUGCGCCUGAAGGUCCGUGAGCUGCAGCGGGAGCAGGAGACUGACAGCUCCAGCAUCACUGCCCAGGAGAGCCCCUGCGACACUGCCCCCUGUGUGACCAAGAAUCUGGAAGGCUUGCUGGCCAGAGCUGAGCGCAUGGUGAAAACCACAUUUGUGGCUGCGAGUGUGGACCCCAAAGCCUUUGGCCAUCGCCACGAGGAACUUGGAGCCUAAGAGCUGAAAGGGAUCCAGGAAGAAGGUCACCAUGAACCGAAUUCUCUUUCCUUUAAUUUAAAAUGAAUGCAACUCUUAGGAUAAGGAGCAUGGAAAACCCACACAUCUGCAUGCUUAAUAUUAAAAACAUUCUUGUCUGAAAUAAAUUAAAUCUAAAUAAAAAGAAUAAAAUUAUU